UCUAUAGUUUAAAUGUCGUAUUUUUAAUAUGUUAGAGGUUUUCAUAUAGUUCUGGGAACAUGUUACAUGCUUAAAACUAUCAGUGCAACUAUCAUUAGCUAAUAACGGGAUGAAGCAUUUGCUGAACGCGCUUUGUGUUUAAUCACUGAGCUCUGCCUCUCCCACCGGCACGUCCAGGCAUUGUUUCCGAGCAUCCCAGAGAAAAAGUCCAUUGUUGUUGGGAACUUUUUAAUCUGGGGAUUUAAAGUCCAUCACAUGCUCGGACGGAGCAGCGCGCCGCUCCGCCACAGCUAACAUCCACACCGAGGAAGAAACCAUUCAUCCCGAAACCACAGUGAAAUGCCAGGACUUUAGAUCGCCGGGGGAGCUUAUUUAUUUAUUUUAAACUGAUAACCCCCACCGAGGGAAAUUUGGGCAAAAAAAACAUGACGCUCAAGUACAGCCAGCGGUCUCUGAUUGUUCUGUCUUUACUGGGGAUCUUGUCGGCCAUCAUGUCCGUCCUGUCGGUGAUUUUGAUUUUCCAGCUGCAGUCCCACCAGACUGCGGUGAAGGAGUCUCCCCCGUCCAUCUCCGCGCUCCUGCCCGCUCACGUCUGGGCCGUCCUGCCGCCGGUGUCCACGGUGCUCUCCGCCCUGUCCCUCACCCUCAACAUGAGCUCUGUGGUGGUGUGCCUCCUCCACAGCUACUUUUCCACCGAGGUCUGCAGAGGGGAGCAGGACACUGAGAGAGCAGACUGGUUUCUGUUGGACAGCAGAGCUGUACGACAUGUGGCUAUUGGACUUUUCUGCCUGGGGGUUUCCGUCUACUUGGCAGCUAUGUCCAUCUUCAUGCUCCUAAUAUUUGAGAUAGAAACAGGUAUUGCCAGCGCUUGCGUGCUCGCCUCUGGGAUUCUGAUCCUGCUGUUGGCUGUGAUACACUCUCUGGUCAAAGCGUCGCACAAGUCCAAGCACUACCGCGGAGACAACUUUGACACCCUCUAUCAGAACGACCACAGGAGCAGCAGCGCGCCAGUCUCUCGGCCCUGCGAGCUCAAGAUCGGUGUGGACAAACCGCGGAUUCAUCGCAGCCAGUCUCACGUCCAGCAUCCAAUCACCUACCCUCUAUGCAGCAACCCGAGACAGCGUGAACAGUAUCAGCAGCAGCAGCACUCCCCAACUGGAGGUUUGCCAGGCCAGUCCAGUGAUAAAGACGGUUACAGCAGUGGUGGCAGCUGUCCUCGAAUGCACAGGACCCUGUCUACUGAAUCUGGUUUACUGCAGGCUCAGGUUAAACCCUGGAAUGGGGUCAACAACGAGAUGAGGAGCGUCCUCGCGCGCAAGUCAGGGAUUUCUGCGAAAGACUCCACUCUCGUGUGA